AUAUGUCUCUUCAUGGCUCUCCUCCAUCCACUUUUCUCUCAGUCAGGAGGGACCCUCAAAAAGCAAAGCCCAAAAGUUUCGGUCCUCUUCUUCAUCUUCAUUGUAUAAAGAGGAUUAGAAAAGUGGGGUUGUUAUAUAUAUAUAUAUAUAUAUAUAUAUAUACAUAUAUUAUCAAUUAAUUAAUUAAUUAAUUUUUAUUCACCGUCUUUGUCAGAUUCUCUUAACUCACCCUCUCCUUUUCACUCCCACUCCCCCUUAUUAAAUCACUCGCUCUUCUUCUUCUCUUCGCCAAAUCCAUCCGAUCCUUAUUUUCCCCAAAUCAAAACCCAUUGGGGGCCUUCGCAAAAAAAAUGGAGACCCAUUCUUCUUCUUCCUCUUUCUCAAGCUUUCGGGUCUACCUCCGCUCACUCUCUCAGACCCCUUCACGUCUCGUUUGCCGUGCCUGUUCCGUUUCAACCUCUUUUGAAGAAAUGAGCCGGGUCCGAGCUCGUUCUGGGUCCGACAUGAUCAAAAGCUUGAGGUGGUUCGACCUUGUUGGGUUCGGUAUAGGUGGGAUGGUUGGAGCUGGUGUCUUCGUCACCACAGGCCGUGCUAGUCGGCUUAACGCUGGUCCGGCCGUUGUUAUAUCUUAUGCUAUUGCCGGACUCUGCGCUCUUCUCUCGGCUUUCUGUUAUACUGAGUUCGCCGUCGACAUGCCGGUCGCCGGCGGCGCCUUCAGCUACCUCCGCGUCACUUUCGGUGAGUUCGCUGCAUUUCUGACCGGUGCGAACCUCGUGAUGGACUAUGUGAUGUCGAACGCCGCCGUUGCGAGGGGAUUCACGGCCUAUUUGGGUACUGCCAUCGGCGUCUCCACUGAGAAAUGGAGGAUCACCGUAGUCGGACUCCCGAAGGGUUUCGAUGAAAUCGACGUCGUCGCCGUCAUCGUCGUUUUGGCCGUCACACUCAUUAUCUGCUACAGUACUCGAGAGAGCUCAGUGGUGAACAUGGUGUUGACGGCGCUGCAUAUUCUGUUCAUCAUCUUCGUGAUCUUGGUGGGUUUUUGGAAGGGGGAGUGGAAGAACUUCACUGAACCAGGUGACCCGGCUCACCCAUCCGGGUUCUUUCCGUUUGGAGCUUCGGGUGUAUUCAGUGGGGCAGCCAUGGUUUACCUUAGCUAUAUUGGAUACGACGCCGUUUCCACCAUGGCCGAAGAGGUUCGUGACCCGGUUAAGGAUAUCCCAAUCGGAGUAUCCGGCUCCGUUAUCAUCGUUACCGUACUCUACUGCUUAAUGGCCGCUUCGAUGUCCAAGCUUCUCCCUUACGACAUGAUCGAUGCUGAUGAUCCUUUUUCGGCGGCGUUUCGCGGGAAAUCGGACGGUUGGAGAUGGGUGUCGAACGUGAUCGGGGUGGGGGCCAGCUUUGGGAUCCUCACGUCGUUGUUGGUGGCGAUGCUUGGACAGGCUCGGUACAUGUGCGUGAUCGGACGGUCCAGCGUCGUUCCUGCGUGGUUCGCUAGGGUCCACCCAAAGACAUCAACGCCAGUCAAUGCCUCCGCUUUUCUCGGUAUCUUCACAGCUUUAAUUGCCCUUUUCACCGAUCUAAACGUCCUACUCAACCUCGUGUCCAUUGGUACUCUCUUUGUCUUUUACAUGGUGGCGAAUGCUGUGAUCUAUAGGCGCUAUGUUGCAGUUGGGACGACGAAUCCAUGGCCCACAUUGUCGUUCCUCUGCUCCUUCUCCUUCACCGCCAUCAUUUUCACUCUCAUUUGGCAUUUCGCCCCUUCGGGGAAGCCUAAAGGCUUCAUGCUCUGUGCAAGCGCUGUAAUCGCGAUUGCAAUACUUCAACUCUUCCAUUGCAUGGUUCCUCAAGUGAGUAAGCCCCAGUUCUGGGGCGUACCCCUGAUGCCAUGGAUACCAUCCACUUCGAUCUUCUUGAACAUAUUUUUGUUGGGGUCUUUGGAUAGACCUUCAUAUGUGAGAUUUGGAUUCUUUUCUGCUCUGGCUGUGCUCGUCUAUGUUUUCUACAGUGUUCACGCUAGCUUUGAUGCAGAAGGUGAUGGGUCUCUCAUUCUAAAGAAUGUUCAAAUUAACAUGGAAGCUGAAGAAGUCAAGGAUCAAAGUCUCAAAGUUUAGAAAUUUUGGUCCUUUUUUUUUUUUUUUUUAAUUUUUGUAUUUACCUAAAAGUUUUGGAAGGUUGAUGGCUUACUUAGAAAAGUGAAGGGCAAAAGAGGAAAGAAAUAGAAUAGGAUAGAAAAUAGACUGCUGUUUUUGCAGGAAUGGCAAAUUGUAUACUUCUUGUUGGUAAUUGGAAAUAGGCCCAACAGCUUUAGGUUG